AUACACACCUCCCCAACGGACUGACUGCCCCCCCCCCCCAAGAUCACCGUGACAUAGAACGGUCGCCCAAGCACCCCGGCCGACAUUCGGACGUUUGAAGUCUACGCCGAAUUCACCCUCGCUCGUUGCCAACCCUCUGUACUCGCGCAUACACUUGAGCCAGAUAGACCGACAUUCACAGGAACACCCUCGGUCAUCCCAGAUUUCCCCUUCUGUUGACCAUCCCCCCGUAUGUCAGGCCCACAAGGCCACGCAGGAGGCCGCGGUGGCGGUCCGCCGGCAGGUGGCUCCGCGGCUUCUGAGGGCAUGCAUACGGCGGGCCAAGAAGGGGGUCACCCUCCAUACUCCCUCCCUGGCGUAUUACACUACCUCCAGAUGGAAUGGCGGCGGUUCGAACGAGAGCGAAAUGAGUGGGAAAUUGAGAAGUCUGAUCUUAAGGCCAAGAUCGCGUUUCUAGAAGGCGAGAGAAGGGGAACAGAGAACCUACGAACUGAUCUGAUGCGGAGAGUAAAGAUGCUAGAGUAUGCGUUACGGCAAGAAAGAACAAAGUUUACUAAACUGCAACAAGAGAAACGAUCAUCCGUCACGGCCUCUGAUGAUGCUACCGCUGCGAGUCAGAACAAUGCUGCUGCCAGUACCGCGACCGUCUCGGAACCGCCAGCGGCAUUGCCGGAAAACGUGCUGGCGGCGUCCGCGAAUUAUGGAACGCUGAACCUGGGAGGCGGGCUAGGGACAUCGUUGAACUACACGAAAGGCUUUGGGCAUGCGCGUAGCAAGGAAAUCCUGAAAAAUUACCUCAAGGAGAUGGGGUUCUUGAUGACCACGGGAGGAGGACCGGGCUCUGAAACAAAAUCAGAUGAUGUCGGAGACGACAUCUCGAUCGAUUCACCAUUGAUGGGACGACCCCCGGGAAGGGGAGGAGAGCAGGGGACCGCUGGAGCUCCAAAUGAGACUGGAGCUCAACGGAGCGUCACCAUCGGGCGGAAAGCGACGGCAAAGAUGUUACCAACGAAGGAGAAUCAUCUUUCCGUGCACCAGGAGCCGCCAGCAGAGAAGAGAUCGCCCCCAAAAGCCGCUCCCUCCCUCGAACCUUCCAUAGAUCUCUCUUCCCGAACCAGCGACACAAAGCAGUCUGAUAAUCACACGGAAAGCAGGCCGCAGAAGGAGGUCGUAAGGGCGGAACCGACUGCUGGACCAAAGUCGAAACAUGAGAAACGAGAAAAUGGGAAACUUCCGCAAGGGUCGCGCAAGCCUACGGUGCUGGACGACGGACGACUGACGGCAGAUGAGAUGCAUGAACUGAAGCUCACUCCUGAGAAAGUGAAUAAAGUCAUGAGCAGGAUAGAGGGCAAACCUGCCAAUAAAAAGAAGAAUAACGAGGUGGCAAGUUCCACCCAAAUACCAUCUGUGGUUGGCAACGCGAUAGGGUUCGAGAACGAUGGCCUGGCGUCAUUAGCUCUGAACGACGAGGACACGAACGAGGGGUCGAAGAAAGGUGGGAAAAAGCAACUCGGGAAUCAACGGAUAUGGCGGCCCAAAGUUCUGCUAAGAAACCACCUCGACUCGAUCCGAGCUGUUGCGUUCUCUACUCAGGAUAACGCAUUCGUGACCGCGUCAGAGGACGGGACGGCAAAGAUAUGGAAUCUGAGUCGAUUGGAUGAGCGGUCGAGAGCGUCAGCCGAGAUAGAGCCGCUGCAUACAUUGCGUGGACAUACGGAGCCAUUAACAUCACUGGCCCUGUCGGCCGAUGGGUCUACAUGCUUUACAGGGAGUGUGGACGCGACGAUAAGAGCGUGGCGGAUACCACCACCGUCUAGGGAUCCAUAUGGCAGCUACCACGAAGCCAACCAAUACAAACUUCACACCUACGUCGGCCAUUCCGACGUAAUCUGGGACUUGAAACUCCACCCGCUCCCCCAGCAAAGCCCCUGGCUCGCCUCCGUCUCCGGCGACGGCGCCCUCAAACUCUGGAACACCACCCCCGACGAAUGGGGCCUCCGCACGACCCUAUGGUACAACGGCGCGAGCCACGGCGGCGCAAUCAACGAGCCGGGGGGCACGACCGAGGGCCAGAACCCGACCUCUGUCGACUGGAUAUAUACCAACCUGAAUCGGCUGGCGGUGUCGUAUCAGAAUAGUAUGGUGAAGAUCUUUGACCCGGAGACGGGGCAGGAGGUGUUGAGGUGUAAGAGUGAUGAGAGUUAUGACGGCACCGUACGGUCCCAAAUCAACAAGGUCGUCGCGCACCCACUGCUACCUCUCCUCGUCACAUGUCACGAGGACCGCUAUGUCCGGAUCUUUGACACGAAUACAGGCCAAUGCAUACAUUCCAUGAUCGCCCACCAAGACUCAGUCUCAACAGCCGAUAUCUCCUCCGAUGGGCUCGUGCUCGCCACCGGAGGCCACGACUGCUCCCUCCGCUGGUGGGACCUCUCGACCCGCAAAUGCGUGCAAGAGUACACAUCGCACCGCAAAAAGAACGACGAAGGGAUCUGGGCGGUCAAGUUCCACCCGGAGCAGACGCAUCAGAUGGCUACGGGGGGUGCGGAUGCGGUUGUGAAGGUUUAUGCGUUUGAGAUGGGAGGUGCGGGGUCGUGACCGCGGGAACCUUGAAGACACCACACACACCCAAGAAGGACGCCCCACCUCUACCCAAAGGAGAAGUGGGAAGACACGCAUCCCGAACGCGGUCGCAGGGACUGGCUGGCUGAUACCGGUGUUGAGACUCCCUCCCCCCAUCCUGUGUGCAUCUCGGACAGCCUCCCCCCCACCUCGUCGCACACACCCUUGCAUCCCAAUCCCCCCGGCAUCCCAUACGGAA